AUGGCUCCCUCAGCAAUCUCUCCCGCUCAGCAGCACGCGCAGCUCGCCUUCGCCUCCAAGAAGGUGAAGGAUGCCGCUGCCCUCGUUGAGGACCGCACCGACGAUGGCUUGACCAAGUCUCUGAACGAGAUGAUGGGCAGUUGGGACAACUUCACCUUCGCCCCCAUCCGCGAGAGCACCGUCUCCCGCGCCAUGACCCGUCGCUACUUUGCCGACCUCGACACGCACGCCGAGUCUGACAUCGUCAUCGUCGGCGCCGGCUCCUGCGGCCUGUCGGCAGCCUACACGCUGGGCACGCUCCGCCCGGACCUGCGCAUCACCAUCAUCGAGGCGGGCGUCGCCCCCGGUGGCGGUGCAUGGCUGGGCGGCCAGCUGUUCAGCGCCAUGGUGAUGCGCAAGCCGGCCGACGUGUUCCUGCGCGAGAUCGGCGUGCCCUUCGACGACGAGGGCGACUACGUGGUCGUCAAGCACGCCGCGCUCUUCACCAGCACCGUCAUGUCCAAGGUGCUGGCCAUGGACAACGUCAAGAUGUUCAACGCCACGACUGUGGAGGACCUGAUCACGCGUCCCGACGAGGGCGGUGCGGGCGUCCGUAUUGCCGGCGUCGUUACCAACUGGACCCUGGUGUCGAUGCACCACGACGACCAGAGCUGCAUGGACCCCAACACCAUCAACGCCCCCGUCAUCAUCUCCACCACCGGCCACGAUGGCCCCUUCGGCGCCUUCUCGGUCAAGCGCCUGGUCAGCAUGAAGCAGCUGGAGCAGCUCGAGGGCAUGCGCGGGCUGGACAUGCAGCGGGCCGAGGACGCCAUCGUCAAGAACACGCGCGAGAUUGUGCCGGGCCUGAUCGUCGGCGGCAUGGAGCUGUCCGAGAUCGACGGCGCCAACCGCAUGGGCCCGACCUUUGGCGCCAUGGCCCUCAGCGGCGUCAAGGCGGCCGAGGAGGCCAUCCGCGUGUUUGACCUGCGCAAGAAGCAGAACGAUCUGUGA